CCUUUGUUGCGGCGCUGAAUAUGCUCAAUGCGGUGGCAAGUCAAGGCAGCUGCUCAAUGCCAGCGGUUUUUCCGAGUGGAGACAUGGAGGUAAAAUGUGUUAGUGUUGCGAGGUGCCGUUUAUCAAACCGUAACCCCUGGAACGCUCCUUCUCGAACGCCUCUUGACGGUCUAACCUCUCCGCACUAAUCAAGGGUCCACUCCAAAUUCUUAGACACCGCCCUGAGGCCUUUAAAACGUCCUGCCCAAUAUUGUUAUCUGUUCUUACCGACCUCCCACUCUUUCCCCUCUCCUUAUCGAGGCCCCUCCCACCUUGCUGUCGAGGCACACAGGUCGAGCUCAACAAAAAGCGACCUGCAUCUCAACAACUCUCCCACAGCUAUAUCGCUGUCAGUCUUUCUUUGAAGCCGUUCCCGCUUCUCAAUCGCUCUUUGAGGUUGCUGUCGUUGCCGUCUGCACUCAAUUCCAUCACCACGAUGGCCUCUACUACCGCCCGCGCUCAGCCUCACGCGCUGAAGCGCCACAUCACCGCCGAGUCGACCCCGUCCACUAUGGCCAACUCGCCCAACGAGUCCCCCAACGGCUCGGCCUCCAACACAUCGCUUUCGUCGCUCGGCUCCGUCGACGAGGUCAAGAACACAAAGUCCAAUGGUGUCCUUCUCGACACAUACGGCAACGAGUUCAAGAUCCCCGACUUCACCAUCAAGGACAUCCGCGACGCCAUCCCCAAGCACUGCUUCGAGCGCUCUGCCGCCCGCAGUCUCGGCUACGUUGCACGUGAUCUGGCCGUGCUCGCCACUACCUUCUACCUCUCCUACACCUACAUAAGACCCGAGUACGUUCCCUCGACUGCCGUCCGUGCUGCUCUGUGGGCUGGAUACACCAUCAUCCAGGGUCUGGUCGGUACCGGUCUCUGGGUCCUUGCCCACGAGUGCGGUCACCAGGCUUUCUCACCCUCCAAGGUGCUCAACGACACUGUCGGCUGGGUCUGCCACUCUCUUCUCCUCGUCCCCUACUUCUCAUGGAAGAUCUCCCACGGCAAGCACCACAAGGCCACCGGCCACAUGGAACGUGACAUGGUCUUCAUCCCCAAGACCAGGGAGGUUUACGCUACUCGUGUCGGUAAGCUCAUCCACGAGAUCUCCGAGUUGGCUGAGGAGACACCCAUCGUCACCUUCAUCCACAUGCUCGGCCAGCAGAUUGGUGGAUGGCAGAUGUACCUCUUUGCCAACGUCACCGGCCACACUCACCACGACCGUCAAUCCGAGGGCAAGGGUGUAGGAAAGCAAAACGGCAUGUUCGGCGGCGUCAACCACUUCAACCCAUCCAGCCCCUUGUACGAGAAGAGGGACGAGCAUCUCAUCCUGCUCAGCGAUCUUGGCCUUGCCAUUGUCAUCGCUGCCCUGACCUACGUUGGCAAGAUCCACGGCUUCUCGAGUGUCCUCGUCUGGUACAUCAUCCCCUACUUCUGGGUUCACCACUGGCUCGUCAUGAUCACCUUCCUCCAGCACACCGACCCGUCCCUGCCCCACUACGAUGCUGAGACCUGGACCUACGCCCGUGGUGCUGGUGCCACCAUCGACCGCGAGUUUGGCUUCAUUGGACGCACUCUCUUCCACGGCAUCAUCGAGACCCACGUUCUGCACCACUACAUCUCCUCCAUCCCCUUCUACAACGCCGAUGAGGCCUCGGAAGCCAUCAAGAAGGUCAUGGGCUCCCACUACCGAUCUGACGUUGAGGGUGGUUCCAUGGGAUUCAUCAAGUCUUUCUGGAAGAGCGCCCGCAUGUGCCAGUUUGUUGAGCCUAGCGAGGGUGCUGAGGGAGAGGGUAAGGGUGUGCUCUUCUUCCGCAAUCACAACGGUCUUGGUGUACAGCCCCGCAAGCUGGACGCGAAGCCCGUUGCUGGUAAGCGCGCCAAGAUGGAGGUCGGCCCUGAGAGCGACAACGAGUAAGCUACAGGCUUGAUCUUGAAUGUGUGAGAUGAUGUCCGUUUAUGUGGAGAGGCGUUAUGGCUUAGCCUUGGAGUACAGUCUUGGGGCUUGCUUGGUCAUGUUGUAUUUUCUUGGAGUCGAGCGGUAGAGCUUAGACAGCAUAAGACGAUAGAGCUCGAUAUCCCCAUUUGGAGGCAAAAGUAAGGAUGCGCUUGUGUCAAUGGCUGAGUACGAGGAGAGACAAUAAACAUAUUACCGAUUUCACCUGAGUGUCCUCCAGAUGGUGAUGAACUUCUGACCCCGCAACACAUGGCUAGUAGGUAUCAAGCGUGUGAACAUUUCACCAAUACACGGUGACUGGUUCGACUGGUUCCUGAACGGCUUGGUAAUGGCGCACAUGUGGUGCGUCAAUGUGGCCCUCGUAAUUCGUGGCCAGUUGGACGCACACACAACAUCAAGAUCUUAAUAUGGCAUGAGCAGGUCAAGUCGAGCUUACAAUC